AUGGCAAUAUUCACACUAGGAGUGAGCAUGGCUCCCAUGGGAUUCUCACGGAAAUUGGUAAAACUUAAUUUUCGGGAAUGUUGUCAUAACUGGGAAUUCGUGAGGGAAUUGGGAAUGAGGAAGAAAAUGCUGCAGCAGAUACAACGACAACAACAACAACUGUACAUAUGUCGAGAAAUGUUAUUACACCAACUACAACAACGUUGUUCCAACGAACAACGAGAUCUUCAUCAACAUCUAUAUCAACAACAACAUCAGCAUCUGCAACAACAACAUCCUCCUCCUCCUCAUCAACAACAACAACAACUUGUUCAACAUUUUCACAACAGAAAAAUUUUUUACGGCAGAACUCAACGCAUCCAUGACACCACCAACACCAACAACAACAACAACCACAACAACAAUAAUAAUAAUAAAAGCAAUAGUAACAACAACAACAUCAACAGCAGCAACCAAAAACGAAAGAUAAAAAAAUGUAAACUAACGAUAGCCAAGCAAAUUAGACAAAUGUCAACUCUCCAAUUCCAUGGACAAAGAUCAAUCAGUCAAGAAAAACUUUCGAAAUCCUCCAAAGAAAAUAAACAUAGAACUUUAUUCAAGUUUAUUAGCGAUAAUAUAAACAACGAUUUAUACAUAACAAAUAAUGGAAAGUCAGUUUUCAAGCUGUACACCGACUUGCUAGGACCGAGUCCGACUGAAUCGGUAUCAAACGGUAAUAUCGAGACGAAUAGUUGCGAUGUCGAUAACUGCAACAACGACUACAACAACAACAUUAACAAGAACAAUAUCCGCAACAGCAACAACAAUAUCCGCAACAGCAACAACAAUAUCCGCAACAGCAACAACAACAUUAACAACAGCAACAACAACAUUAACAGCAACAACAACAACAUUAACAACAGCAACAACAUCAACAACAUUAACAACAUCAACAACAACAACGACAACAACAAUAUUAACAACAACAACAACAUCAUCAACAAAGACGACGACGUCAUAAUAUCAAAUAAUCAGGCAACAAUUAACGCCAAAAAAUUUUUCACCAACUCUUUCGAAACAUCCUUGUGGGAAAGUUAUGAUAAUGAUGAUGAUAAAAGAGAUGAUGAUAAUGACGAUUACAACAAUAACAACAUCAACAACAGCAUCAACAACAACAACAUCAACAACAUCAGCAUCAUCGUAGCGAAACAACACCAAAAAACAGAGCUUAAUUUUUCCGCUAACUUCAGCAAAAACUACAACAACAGCAAUAAAAAUGGUAAUAAUAAUAACAACAACAACGACAACGACAAUAAUAAUAAUAAUAAUAGCUACUCAUCAUCACCAAAUCAACCUCAGUAUCAGCCUCAUGAUGAGUUCGUGCUACACAGUACUUUCUGUUAUCCCCUGCACAGUACACUCUUAAGCCAAAUUGAUGAAAACGAAGAUUGUGCUGAAGUUGAUGAUCGAAAUCACCACCACCAAAGUCAUCGUCCUCAAAAUUAUCACCACCACAACCACCAGCAGCAGCAGCAGAAGCAGCAGCAGCGUCAUCAACGCUCAAGCGAUAGCAAUACAUUAUUAGAAGCAAAAUCGAACUAUCCGAAUCGAUCGGAAGAAUCGAGUAUUAAUACAUACCUCGUAACUCCGUUGAAAACUUCCAACUCGAUUAACCAGCAACAAACUAAAACCGAUACGAAUAACAACGAAUGGAGUAACUAUACCAAUACCGAUACGAAUAACAACGAAUGUAGUAACUAUACCGAUAUCGAUACGAAUAUUGAAAGCAACGAAUGUGUAAAAAGUAUAUCUCAUCGGAACUCUGCUAAUCAAUCGAGCCAUAAAAAUCGACACAUCUCUAAAUACAUACCGUGUUUUUUUUCUAUUAGGAAAAUGGCGAGAAAGAGUUGA